AUGGAACACGUCAACAAGUUGAUGAAGAUUCGGGGAGGGCUGAAAGGACUAACACAGCAACCAGCAGCCAUGGCAAGAUGGUUCCUUGUAGCGCCAGAACUAAGUGGACUUGCGACCCAAGCUGAGCACAUGGUGGGGGUACAAAGAGCCUCAUCAUCGCAUCAUCACGAUUUAAGCGAUGCGAUAACAAAUAGCUAUAAUGAAAAUGUACAGAAGCUGAAGGAUGUGCUCAAAGUGAGUGACCCUUUCGAGACAGAGGAACGUCAUCUGGUGAACAUCAUCACGAAAGCAGUUAUGCCAGAUUACAUCAAGGAGGGAGUCCUAACACGGGAUAAGAUCGGCCAGGCGUUGUCUGACACAUUUGCCCAAGAGAGAAUCGUCGAGGCCAAGUUAAGUGUUUGGAGCCCCAUGAAAAAGGCAAAUCUGAAGUCAUGGAGGUCUGCUUGGCAAACAAACUUUAAGAAGAACAAGACAACUUGUGGCGUCGCACCCUUAAAAGGAUGAUAGAGCUCUCUUCGCACGCUUCUUAGUCGUCAUUCUCUCAAGGCCUGAUCUUGACACAAAGGAAACCAUCAGUACCUUUGAGUUAGCCGAGUAUCCAAGGGCACUCUUCUUCUCUGAUGGCAGUUUGCGACACUGCGCUACCAAGAGCAAGCUGAUGAACAUCCUGAAAAGCCUUUUACCGGCCCAACAGCAACCUACAAACGUCUACAGUACAACCUCACUCUGCAGAUCCCUCCAGUAGGCAAGUGGUCAUUAUUGAUGUCAUGGCCGUCGUUCAGACAAUGGGAAAGCCACUGUGGGUAAGAAAUGGGCGUGACCUAGCAAGCCAUUUCAUAGAAGUCAUUGAUUCUAAGUCUGAAGGUGCCACCGAGGUGCAUGUUGUAUUUGACCGCUACGAUAUCCCAAACUCCUUAAUGGACACAAGGAGAGCAGUGGUAUACAAGAUUACUGUGGAUGCUGUUAUUGACAAGAUCACGAUGAAGGAUCUUUUGAGCUGCAGCCAGAAUAAGGAGACAUUGGCUAUCUUCCUUGCAGCACAUCUUAUCGAGUGCAAGAAAGACUAGCAGGCGACAUAUGUAGUAAGGGACUGGUAAAAAAGCAUAGGGGGGGUGGGCCGGAGCAUUUGGAAAUGUGGUUGAUAAAAAACACAUGACCCACCCCCUCCCUUCGGCACAAAAAUGACUGACCCACCCCUAAAGCAAGGUUGGAAGUUGCAUGACCCACCCCCUAGUUAAAACAUGGAUGUUUGGUUUCCUCUUAAUAAUCCAAUAAAACCUUGUUCUGUGCUUGACAAAAUUUGUUGAUACACUGCUACAACCAAUAUCAAAAUCACAGAAAUAAUACCUUUCACUGAAAAGACAAAUGUGAAAAACCGAACAUUUCUUGUUUCGAUGGAUGUUAUGAGUCUUGACACAAAUAUACAGCAAAACGAGGGUAUAUUGAAAUUGUCUGUCACAAAGCGUAUCAAAAUUUCUACAACCUAUUCCUACACAUUACUUGCCGGAAAUGCUUAGAUUAAUCCUCAAAGAACCUUCUCGCACAUAUUUCACCUCGUGUCACCCUCCAAAUGUUAAAAAAGGAUUUGUCAAAGGAGAAGCCUUGAGAAUCCUACGAAAAAACUCCUCAGAAACAACCUUUGAGGAAAAUGAUUCAAAUUUAAAAAAAAAAACGCUUGAUGGACGGAGGCUACCCACAAUCUUCGAUAGAAAACCUACUAUCAGAAAUAACAUUCACAAAAGGGAGUCUAGACUCCUAAAACAAAACAACAAGGAGGAGAAAGAAAUAUUGCCAUUCGUGACACAAUACCAGCCCUCCGUGUCUACUAUAAAGGAAGCUUGAAUGAAAAAAUGGAGUCUUAUACAAAACCAACUAUGACUUCAAUAAAUUUUUAAAGAACCACUAAUCAUUUCCUUACAAAAAAGGAAAAUCAUUAAAGGACAUGCUCGUUAGAGCCCAAAAAAAAAAGGUUAACAGAGGGUUCCACGCCCGUAUAGAUGUGCGGCCUGUCACCCUUUGUACAUUCUUGCACAACAGGUUUGUGAGUAUUUUAGCAAUAAUUUUAGCUGGCUGUGUUUUAUAUAACAAGUGUAGUCAACUGUCUCGUUAGUAGUUAGUGCGUAUCUAUGUAAUAAAAUAGGGUGACCCACCCCCUAACGGUAGCUGAAAAUUGCACGACCCACCCCUUGCACAAGGCUCAAAACCUCAUGACCCGCCCCCUCUCUGCUCCGGCCCACCCCCACCCCUAUACUUUUUGACCAGUCCUUAGCCUCUAAAGCUGACUGUAUGGCUUCUAGUAGCCUACCGAUUCAGCAUUUAAGGAGUGAGCAGAAGGAAGCAGAUACUCGUAUGCUCCUACAUGCUCUAGAUGGCACACAGAGAGGAGCAACGUCCAUAACCAUUCAGAGUCCAGAUACAGACUUACUCGUUCUGACGCUCUGGGUUUACAAGAGACUUUGUCCAGACACUACAGUGAUUGUUGGAACGGGAGGAAAACGAAGAAGUAUUCCACUAGGCCCACUCUACGAGGCGGUAGGAGAAGAACUUAAUGUGAAGGCUUUACCUGGCUUUCAGGAAGUGAUCAGACAGGCACUAUCAGUGGACAAAGCAAAGUGUCUUGCUGGAAUACACUAAAGAAAGCUGAACGAUCAGUUCUCGAUGCCUUUUCCAGCCUGGGAACCACCGACACCAUCCCAGAUGAUAUAUACAUGACGCAAGAGCGCUUUGUCUGCCAGUUGUACAUCCCAUCGACACAGCUAAGAACCAUAGGAGAGGUCUGA